UCCAUCUUUUGAUGCCUCAUGACCAGCAGAAGCACAGAGGGCUGAAAAAAUCAAACAUUCUCAUUUUCUCAUGGACAGGAAGGAACAUUAUGACUCUCUCAUGGACCGAAGCAAGCGCAUUAUGUGGCAGGAUGACUGCUACGUGGAUCUGCAGUCUACAUCCUGCUCCACCUCAAAACAAGCACAACUAGAAGAUCUUCAGUGGAUCCAGAAGUACCAAGGCCAUCUACAGAGAUUUAUGUCAUCUUUCUUCCUGGAGGAGAUAUUACAGCACCUCAGAAAGGUGGGCGUCCUGACUUUGGUUGAAGAAACUGACAUCAAGGAAGCUGGCCCGUUGCAUGACCAAGUUAACAUGCUUACCACAAUUGUCUCUGGCAAGGAAGGCCAAAGAUCUGAGGCCCUUCAAGCAUUCAUAGAGAGCUCAGACUCUCCAGUUGCCCAGCUCAUAUUAAACCAUGAUUCCAUGUUUAAGAAGCACAAAGAGGUGCUCCUACAGCAAUUUGAAAAAUUCAGGGACAGAGACACUGUCAGCUGCCCCAAACUGAACAUCUCCUCAAGAGCCUUGCUGCAGGUUGAUGGACUUUCAGACUUCCAACAAAAGGAGCAUGACCUGAUGCAGGUCGGAGUGACUCGAGGUGGCAAAAGAAAUCACCUGAGGCAGCUGGGGCUAGAGAAGCUCUUCGAGCCCCUGACGCGGGUGAGUUUGCCUCCCAGGGUCUCCCUCACCAUCGGGGUGGCUGGCAUUGGCAAAACAACCUGGUUACGACACUUUGUCAGACAGUGGAGCCAAGGGGUCACCUGUACGGAUAUACAUUUCGUCUUACCUUUCUCUUUGUGUGAGCUGAACUUGCUGGAGAGACUUUCUGUCGAGAGGCUGGUGAAAAUGGCUUUCCCUCAUUUGACGGAUCCCAGUUUGGUCCUGAGUGGCGCCUGCCGAACGCUGCUCAUUUUCGAUGGUUUGGAUGAGUUUCGCACAACCUUAAAUUUCUCUGACGCAGCUUCUUGCAAUGAUCCAAAGAAAGAAAUUCCCAUCGACAACCUAAUUACUAACAUCAUCCGAGGAAACUUGCUCCCAGAGGUGGCGGUGUGGGUGACAUCAAGACCGGGAAUAGCUUCACUCAUUCCUGGAGGACUGGUAGACAGAGUAACGGAAAUCCCAGGGUUCAGUCCCACUGACAUCCAGAUCUUCCUGAACCACCAUUUCUCUGAGAAGGAUUUCGCCAGCAGAAUGUGGGCACACUUGGAGACCCAUAAGACCUUGAUGGUUAUGUGUUACAUACCAUGUAUUUGUUGGAUGGUAGCUGACACUUUGUUGUACAUCAUGCAGAGUAGAACACAGGACAGCCUCCCAAGGACUUGCACUGAGCUGUACGCCCAGUUUUGUGCCAUGAAAGCCGAAGUAGGUGAGCCGAGAGGCAGGGAGCCUGUAAAAAUAGAACAGCUUCACGGGACCAAUCGUAAACUGAUGGCAAACCUCGGACGGAUGGCAUUCUAUGGCCUCCUGAAACACAAGUACACCUUCAGUGAGCAGGAUCUCAGAACUUACGGGAUUGAUUUGUUGUUAACUCAAAGCAGCUUUGGCGCUGGAGUUCUUAUUCGAUUAGAGUCUGCCUUACACACAACGUACAGGUUUACACAUCUGACACUGCAGGAGUUUCUUGCAGCUACUUUCUAUCACGUUUCCUCAAAGCGGGCCAUCUUUGACCUGUUCUCAGAGAGCAGCAUGUCUUGGCCAAAGAUUGGCUUCCAGAACCACUUCAGAAGUGCCUUUCAGCACUCCCAGCAAGCUGAAAAUGGUCACUUGGAUUUUUUUGUGCGAUUUCUGACAGGCUUGCUGUGUCCUGUUGCACUUAAACCUCUUGCUGGGCUCCUGGCUCUCGGGAAAGACGAUGGGAAUCAGAUGGCGUGGGCUGCAGGGUUUUUGCAAGGCCUCUUAGCCAGCGUGGGCGCUGUGGUUUCCCUUCAGGCUGUCAACUUAGGGUACUGUUUGCAGGAGCUACAACACACAGAGCAGCUUCGGAGUAUAGAGGAGGACUUAAGGCUCGGUAGCUUGGCUGGAAAGUUAACUCGGCCUCACUGCGUAGUACUGGGCUACCUACUACAAGUGUCUCCAGAGUGCAGUGAACAGACCAGCCUAACAGGCUGUCUGAACUACGCAACAGUGAAAAGUUUACUCCCGCAGCUGCUGUACUGCAGUCAUCUCAGGCUGGAGAACAACAACUUCAAAGAUGAUGUGAUGGAAUUACUUGGAAGCCUCUUGAGUGCCAAAGACUGCCACAUCUGCAAAAUAAGCUUGGCAGACAAUGCCAUCAGCAACAAAGGAGCCAAAGCCCUGAGCCGAGCCCUCCUCGUGAAUCGAACACUAACGUCUCUCAACCUCCGGAAUAACAACAUUGGAUCCAGAGGUGCAAAGUUCCUCGGAGAGGCUUUGAAAAUGAAUCAAGUUUUGAUUUCACUCAACUUGCAGAACAAUCCCAUCGAGGACGAAGGUGCUCAGGCUCUGGCAGAGGUGCUCCAGUACAACCGCAGACUGGUGUCUCUGAAUUUGAGGAAGAAUACAAUUGGAGCUGGUGGAGCCAAACGGAUCGCAGAUGCACUGAAGACAAACCGGACUCUUACAAAGUUGAUUCUCUGCAGUAACCAGCUUGGGGACAAGGGAACAGUUGCUCUGGCUGAAGCUUUGACAUUAAACCACACUCUUCUGUCACUUCAACUGCAAAGUAACUCWAUCAGCAACAGAGGAAUGACUGCACUGACCAAAUCCCUAAGGGUGAACCGAGGUUUGGUCUCUUUGAAUCUAAGGGAGAACUCAAUCGGGGUGGAAGGAGCUAAGAACAUGGCUCAAGCCCUGCAGGAGAACAACUCUUUACAGGAGCUUGAUCUGUGUCACAGUCUCGCAGCGAACCUGUUGCACGAUGACGGGGUUCAAGCGAUAGCUGGAGCGCUCAAGUUCAAUCAGGGCCUGACCUCUCUGCACCUCCAGUGGAAUUUCAUCAAGUCUACAGCCACUAAAGCUCUAGCUCAAGCCCUUCUCUCCAACACCAAAAUCCAGCUGCUGGAUCUACAAGAAAAUGCUAUCGGGAACGAAGGUGUCAUUUUUCUCGCAGAAGCUCUGAAAAUCAACAAGUCUCUGCGAACCCUAUGCCUGCAGGGAGUUUCAGCAGGGAAGAGUGGUGCUAUUGCCAUGGCAGAAGCUCUGGUGGCCAAUCAAACUUUGCAAACUUUAGAUCUGCGUGGGAAUUCUGUAGGGAUGGAGGGAGCAAAGGCCCUGGCCAAUGCCUUGAAAUGCAACAGUAGCCUUCAAUCAUUAAAUCUGCAGGAAAACUCUCUGGGUAUGGAUGGAGCCAUCUUCAUCGCAACAGCUUUAAAGGGAAACCAUCAAUUAACAUACAUCAAUUUGCAGGGAAAUGGCAUUGGAGAAUCUGGAGCGAAGGUCAUAUCUGAUGCGAUAAGAGCCAGCGCUUCAGGCUGUGUGGUGGAUAUCUAACUAAAGAAAGAAGAGUUUACAGAGAGGGAAGAACUUUACUCACAACUGGUCAAACUUGUGCUUUCUAAGACAUGUUAGCACCAAACUGUGGCCACUCUCUGUUGGUAGAACGACCUUCUUUCAUUUAGAAGAUGGAGGCUUCAGUUUUGUUUAUGGUAAGAUAAGAUAUUGUCCCUGAUAAGCUAAACAGUAAAAGCCUGGUAUUUCUUGAAAAAAAAUCCAAAUAUUGCCUGCCACUUUUGAUUCCAGACUUUUAAAAUGAAUUCAUCUUGUUAUGAGAGAGGACAGGGUUAUAGAGCCAGUUUGUAAGUUGGGGUCUCUGUAGUACAUAAGGGGAGUUUCUUGGCUGUGUGGGCAGAGUUUGGAAAAACUGUGGUCAGGCUGACUUGUGAGGCAAAUUAAAGGUUGAAAUAAUGGCAAAAUUAUUGUGAAAAUGUAAAUAUAAUUUAUUGACUUCAARUUUGGUGMAAAUACCACCUUCCUGUUUUGAGUUAUUACUAAUAUUUAUGUUCAAAAUUAGAGAUUUGUUUUCAGGCCGGUUAGGAGUGUUUUCACCRAUCCAAAUUGCUAUACAUCCCUCCACAUGUACAGCAUUGAAAUUUCAUGCAGCUAGCACCUUCCUGUCUUGAGUUAUAACUGGUAUUAAUAUUCAUAUAAAUUAAUUCUAAUUUUAAAAUGUACCCAUCUUUUUAUAUGCRCUUUCUGACCGUUUCAACCAAGCCGAAUUGUUACACGUCCCCAUAUCCCAAUGUUGAUCCAACUGAUUCGUAAUGGCUCCUUCAAAUCUCACCCAAACUAGUCAAUCUGAACAAAUGUCUUUCCCAAACUCCACCCACACCUGAAGAACCUCUCACUUUGUGACUGCRGAGACUCCCUUCUCCCAUUUUAGUCAAACUUGUAAAUUAUAUCAUCUUAAAUGAGGUUUUGGAAGAAGUGUUAAUGCUCAGAGUAUGUGCUGAAAACUCCCACCACCACAAAUUUUAGCUCAAUAUCUGUAAAGAUCACUGAGUUCUCUGGGUGAUAAAAAGGCUUCAUAUGUAACAUUAAGUGUUUACUGUCUGUAAAUAGGUGAAUGACAGACACUUUGUACAAAUGAAUAAAUAAAAACCUCCUGUAAGUGUA